CUUAUUUUCUGUCUUCUCUCUCUCACUACUCCUGCUUCUCCGGAUUUCGGAAUAACAAAACUUUACAAAUAUCAAACAACAAAAAUUAAACCCAAUAAAAAAAAAAAUCUUUUUUAAAGAAAAACCCAACCCCCCCUCCCAAAUAGAAACAGGGCGGGAAUGGUGAUGAGGAGAGCACUGAUCUCCGCCGCUAAGGCUGGUGGUGGACGACGUUUUAUUGCUUCUCAGGCGGCAGCAACAGCGAAAGUUGACGUUAAAUCGCUGGAAAAUGACGUCAUUUCACCAAAAAUGCCAGCGUUUGAUUACUCUCCACCGCCCUACACCGGGCCUUCCGCCGCAGAGAUCCUCAAGAAGCGCAAGGAGUUUCUUAGCCCUUCUAUGUUCACUUUCUAUAAUCACCCUCUGAACGUGGUAGAUGGGAGGAUGCAGUAUUUGUAUGAUGACAAAGGUAGGAGAUACUUGGAUGCAUUUGGGGGUAUCGCUACCGUGUGUUGCGGUCAUUGUCACCCCGAUGUGGUUGAGGCCAUUGUAAACCAAACGCAGCGUUUACAGCACUCUACAAUUUUAUACUUGAACCCUGCUGUUGCUGAUUUUGCUGAGGCUUUGGCCUCCAAAUUGCCCGGUGAUCUCAAAGUUGUGUUCUUCACAAACUCUGGAACAGAAGCAAAUGAGUUGGCCUUAAUGAUGGCAAGGCUGUACACUGGAUGCCAGGACAUUAUCUCCUUGAGGAAUGCUUACCAUGGAAACGCAGCUGGAACUAUGGGUGCAACUGCUCAGUGCAAUUGGAAGUUCAAUGUUACUCAGAGUGGAGUACACCAUGCCAUGAACCCUGACCCUUAUAGAGGUCUGUUUGGAGCAGAUGGAGAGAUGUAUGCAAAAGAUGUUCAGGAUAUCAUCCAAUUUGGUACAUCUGGUCAUGUCGCAGCUUUCAUAUGUGAAGCCAUUCAGGGAGUUGGUGGAAUCGUAGAAUUGGCCCCCGGGUACCUUUCUUCUGUGUAUGACAUUGUAAAGAAUGCCGGAGGCCUUUUUAUAGCUGAUGAAGUUCAAGCUGGAUUUGCUCGCACUGGAAGUCACUUUUGGGGGUUUGAGUCUCAUGGAGUUGUCCCUGACAUUGUGACCAUGGCAAAGGGUAUUGGGAAUGGCAUUCCCCUAGGUGCAGUAGUAACGACUCCUGAGAUUGCAAGUGUCUUAACUCGUCGUAGUUAUUUCAACACAUUUGGUGGAAAUCCUGUAUGCACUUCUGCAGGACAUGCUGUUCUCAAAGUGAUUGAAAAGGAAAAGCUUCAGGAAAAUGCUCAUAUUGUGGGUACUCAUCUCAAAAACCGGCUCACUGCUCUAAUGGACAAAUAUGAUGUAAUUGGUGAUGUGAGGGGAAGAGGAUUGAUGUUGGGGGUAGAACUAGUUACAGACCGCGAAAAGAAAACUCCAGCAAAAGCUGAGACCAUUCAUGUGAUGGACCAAAUGAAAGAAAUGGGAGUAUUGGUCGGUAAAGGAGGAUUUUAUGGAAAUGUAUUCAGAAUCACACCUCCCCUCUGUUUCACCAAGGAAGAUGCUGAUUUCCUGGUGGACGUGAUGGAUUCUGUAAUGGAAAAGAUGUGAAGGCGUUUAAUUUGAUGUUGGUGAAAAGUAAUGAUAUGUAAAUUUAAUUGCAUUUAGUUAAGUGUUGUAUCUAUUGCUUGCUUCUUGAUAGUAAAAAGUUGAAGAACCCAAUUAGUGCUUGGAAUUCUCUUCUUCUGUAGAAUGAUCUAUGAUCGAUGAUGAGUCAACACCUCGUUGUCUCUCUACCUCUGUUACUCAAAUCACAUAGCUUCUGCUUUAAUUCAAGUGAAAAUCUUGCACUUCUCCUUUCUUUUUUA